AUGGCUUCCCCUACGGUGGAUGCCUGGUUUGGCAAUGUCAUGAUCCGCAAUAGAGCUGCAGCAGGAGGUCUGGCUGUGAUCAACAAGGAUCACAUCAGCAAAUGUGACCUACUUUGCCAUUACCCAAGACACAAGGGCAUGCAGGAAAUCUACAGGGCUGCAGGCAUCCCGCUGCCUCCGAAGCCUCGUGCCCUGGGUGGAUGGGACGAGGGUUCGGACGGGUCCGACUCCAAGGGCAAGGAUGUUGAAUCUUCUUCGUCGGCUGCCAGUGAAACUGGCGAGAGCGAGUCUGAAUUUUCAGAGGAUGAGGCCUUCUCGGACACAGAGGCCUAUGCGAAGUCCCCGAAGUGCAGUUGUGAUUUGGAUGGGGCUGAGAGUGUUGCCAAAGAGCUCCAGCUCAAAGAGAUCGCGAUCCCCAUCCCCGCCAGUACGGCCGAUCGGAAGAAGGAGUUUGAAGUGCUGCUACGAGAAGAAGCCCAUCUAGCUCAGCUUCAGGUUCUGCUAGCUUUGCAAGAGGAAGAACUCCACUUGGCUGAUCUUCUUGCUCAGCUUGUGAUUGAUGAAGGCAAGCAAGAGAUCAAAAAGCCUUAUCAUGUCACCAGCGAUGACACGAUCCCGUAUGACCUCGUGAGUGAUGCCCUGCCGAUGAUGCACGACCUUGUGCAAGGUGUGGUGAAGCAGCAUCGCUUUGAGUCUGCUGCAGCAGACUUGAAUCCCGAAGCCCCGCUUCUUUUGCACGAGCCAACCGUGGAGGGCAGCAAGAGCCCAAAGGGAAUUUCCGGCGAGGAGGUCUUGGAAGAGUCAGGCACAGGCGCCGAGCCAUUGGUGGAUGGUAGCAAGAGCCCAGAGGGAAUUUCCGGCGGGUGCUUGGAAGAGUCAGGCACAGGCCCCGGUCCAGUGGUGGAUGGCAGCAAGAGCCCAGAGGGAAUUUCCCGCAGCGAGGUCUUGGAAGAGUCAGGCACACGCCCCGAGCCAGUGGUGGAUGGGAGCAAGAGCCCAGUCCAAGGUGAUGGCUUCGUCACUCCGAAGGACCGAGUUAUUCGCCCUAGCAGCGAGGAUGAGAAUGACACCCAGCCGGAAGAUGAUGAUAGUGAUCAUCCUGAUGAUCCUCGCAGGACUCAGCGAUACAGUGCUCGCCGCUCUGAGGCUUGCUCAGAUCAUCAUGCUGCUGACGGUGAAGCAGACACUGGGGCUGCCUCUGGGGAAUGCAGCAUUCGGCCUUCCCGCCCGGAGCUUUUGGAUCGCCUUGCUGCGAUUUCGCCCGAAGAGCAAUCCACCCUGUCGCAUGCUGCCAAGGCUGAGGAUGCGGCGACUGAUCGCGAAGAUGAGGAGCAUGCUUCCCCGCCGAAGCGUGGUCGUGGCCGGGGCCGCGGCCGAGGCCGCGGCAAAGGCCGUGGAAAAGGCAAAGGUGCUGGAAAGGCCUCGAAGCGGAAGGCCGACAAGCAUGGGGAGGAUCCGCCCAGCAAGAAGCUCAAGACCAAGAAGGAUGAAUCAGACCAUGAAGAUGAGGUCGUCAGGCCAGCCAAGAAAGCCAAGGCCCGGAAGCCCCAGUCGGCUGAGGACACCCCGAAGGAGACGGCGAAACCGAAGGCAAAGGCCAAGGCAAAGAUCUCUGCUAAGGCCAAAGUCUGCAAAGCUAAGGCUAAGGGUCAAGCGAAGGCCAGUGCUGGCCGCAAGGAGCCAGAUGGUGAUGAUGAGUCGGAUAGCAACUCAACGAUCUACAAGCCGAAGACCGAGGAGGAGCGAGUGGCUAUUCAGAAGGCUCUUCGAAGCCGCAAGAGUUCGGCUUAUCACAAAGCCCAUAAGGAGGCCAAAGCACGUGGCUUGGAUACCCCCAAUGCGAAGCUGCAGGCGAAGGAGGACUGGUCUAUGCCCCGCAUCGAGGGCUGGGCCGUCCGAGCAGCACUCUCUGGUGUAGGACAAUCUUCUACUCACGACAAGUUCCUCUUCCGGACUGUCGGUGGGGCUUCCUGGUAUCGAAGAAAAAAGACCCACGACUGGACCUCGGGGUCGUGCCGAAAUCUUGAACACUGGACCCCGUACACCCAGGUAAUUCAUCACCGGUUCUACGGGGGUCUACGGCUGCUCUGCGAGCUCUACAACCUGGACCUGUUUGCAUCUGAUCCGAUCAUGCAGGAUCAAGAAGCUGGCUGGCUUCAAAGUGUUUUGUCGACCUGUGUAGGAUUGACCCGUGUUCUUUAUUGCACCGGCUUCAGCCAGCAAACGAUGGGGCUGAGUUUGCAGGAGCAGAUCGCUACUCGCAAAAGGAUUGCGGCUUUGCAGCAGAAGCUGACGGAUAAGAAUGCCGGAGAUGAUGAGGUGCCACCGCCUGCGAGCGAGGAAGGUGAAGGUGGUGCUGUGGACGUCCCUGACAAGCCGGAGCUUCGGACCCGAUCCUCCCGGAAGAACAGAUCGCACAAGCCAGAAGCCACGCCAAGCCCAAAGAAGCUGGACUUCGAGAAGGAGGCGGCGACCCACCACCCCGAAUCCUCCUCUCGCCCAAGGCCCUCCAAAGCUCGGCACCUGAAGGACCCAUGGGUUAAAGGCUCUUCCUUCGACAGCUGUUGGAGAUUCUGUGCCACCCUAGGAGAGCCCACCCCCGAGACCAAGCACUCUGCACCGGAGGAGAAGCAACGCUCCUCGGACUCCAUUCCUUUGGGCUACUCUCCCGGUGACUCCCAGCUGAGCCCCAACAGCUCCAAUCGUGGAAGCGAGGGUGGCGCCAACACCUCCAAUCGUGGAAGCGAGGGUGGCGACUCCAGCAACAAUACCGAGCGGCCCUCCCUGAAGAGAUCCUCGACAACAACGACGGAUGCAAGCUCAUCACGAUCCAAGUUCGACAAGAUGUACUUCAGGAUGCGACGAUACUUCAAGCCGUCCAACGGGCCGUGCAAAGCUUCGAAGGAGGCUCUGCAGUUGUAUGGAUCCGACGAGGGCAAGAAGCUGCGACUGCUUCUUGAGAAACAUGGAAGCUUCAAGGAGCUUGAGUUCCAUGUGAAGCGGUAUGUGAGGGAGCUGGAGAAGGAAGGCAAGAAAGGUCGCUGGGUGACGAAGCAGUACCUCUCUGAAAUCAUGAAGUACUCCAAGUCUAUGGUGGAUAACUCCUGGAGCUGGGCCCAGUCUAAGGGCCUGGUUCGUACCAACGAGGUACACAAAUGCGAAGAAGCCCGACUUGUCUUGGAAGAAACCUUCGAGCAUGAAAAUGAGAAGGGAACCGAUCGCGAGCUUCGUGGCGAAGCAACCCUCGAGGACACGGACAAUGCCUUUCUGGACGAGCCGGAGCCCAGCGAGCCUGCCGUGCCGGAGAAUGCUCGAAUGCCCGAGGCCAAGGGAUCCUCCUCCAAGCUGAUCUUCCCUACUCUGGGCAAGAAGGACAGCCCGCUGGUGAUUCUUCCGCAGUUCAUCAAGGUGCUGGGCAACAAGAUCGAGAAUGCUUCCAAAGAGCAGGAGAAGAUGCGAAGUUCUGGCUCCAGCAGAGCCACAAUGCUCGCCUCCGACAUGCAGAAGCUGAUCGACACGAUGGAUGCUGCUUUCAGCAGCCUGGCAGAGCUUGAGGCCGAGGCGCUGAUGGAUGCUGCUGGUGAGAAGGCGGAGGAGCACAAGAAGAGGGCCAUGGAGUUGUUCGUCAGCUGCACGAAAGCUGAUGUGACCCUGAACAAUUUGAUCGUUCGUGGCCGGAACAUCAAGCCUGCACCUUCCACAUCCAAAGGCAAGCGACCCUCGCCCAAGAAAAGCAGCCCUAAGAAGCCGGUGAAGAAAACCAAGAAAGACAAGAAAGAGAAGGCCAAGUCCAACAAGAAGGAUGAGGAUGAGGCUGAUGAGAACCGCUUUCUUUCGGCAGGCCUCCCACAGGAUGCCCAGCCGGCGGCCGAUCCAGAGCCAGACCUAGGAUCCGAUGCCGACUCCGAUGAUCUGGCAGAUGCUUUGAUGCUGGACAUGGAGAAAGGUGUGAUCGAUCCUCAGAUUGAGGAGAUUGCAAGUCUGGGUACUUGCAAAUACCACAAUGCAGCCCGAGCACUACACCGCUAUGUUCACCGAAGUGGCAAAACCUUUCCCAUCCCGGUUGCAACUGUCCCUCUACGUGUCCGCCGGAUGAAGAAAACUGGGGGGGAGACUACCAUGCACUGGCCUGUCCUCCGGCUAAGUGCAUGGAUCCGAACACUGAUGGAACAAGGUGGUGCCGAGUUUUUGUUGGCCGGGCAUCCUGUCGAGGAGGAGGAUGAAUAUCGGAGCGUUUUUUCGCUCUUCUGGGACCGGUACAAAGGUGUCGAUCCCGAUCAUGUGGUAUAUGCGGAAAAAACUGCUGAAGAGAGAUCUUUGACACUGCCGUUUGCAGUUCAUGGCGACGAGGGCCGAGGGCUGGCGAAGUCCCCGGUGCUAGUCGAAACCUUUCAGCCGGUGAUCAGCUUUCUUGGAGAUGCGGUUGUAAACUCGCUGGGGCAUCCGUACACGACCCGGCUGCUCUUCUCAAUCUUGCCUUCUGCCUGUUACGCCGCCCACGACCGGACUCUGGAGGGUCUUCAUGAAGUACUUGCUGAUGAUUUAUCGACACUGUUUCAUGAUGGAAUUACGGUGACUGAAGCUUUGCUGCACGGGUUUCGUGAAUCCUCGCAAGCCUUGUCAUGA